AUGGGUGCCGCCGGAGAAGUGCCAGCGCCGCUCCAAGGCAGUGACGAAUCGACCGCCAAGCCCGGAGGCAACACCCCCGCCUGCGUCGCCGCCGCCGACAACCCGUCCAAGCGCCAGCCGCACGACGUCGUCGCCAAUUUUGCUGGAGACGCGACCAACGUCGCCGGCCUCUGUGGGAACGCGCUGGGCGAGUUGAACAAGAUCUACCUGGGGAAGAAUCUGCGCACAAAGGCGCUCGGAGUGGUCGCCGCUGGGGCCAUUGAAGCUGGAGAAGUCUUCGGUCAAUACCUCGGCGAGAUGGAGCACAUGCAGCCAGAGAAGCCCACGCACCCCGUCCGUGUGGCGAUCAAUGCAGAGAACAUGGGCGGCCUCAUGCGGUUCGUAUACCACUCUUGCGAGCCGCUGACGAAGUUCGUCGAGGUCUCCAACGGACGCCGCACCACCGUUGUCAUGGCGAGCACAGAAGACAUUCGUCAGGGCCAAGAGAUGACGGUCGAUUAUGGCGACGACCUGUGGUUCAUCUGCCGAUGCGGAUCGGACAGAUGCCGCCAUCGCCAUCUCCAAGAUGCUCAAGAUCCCGCUGUGUUGAAGCUCGUUCGGCUCACGCCGAUUUUCGCACCCAUCGACGAGAAGGCGCAUCGCAGUGAGCCCGCGCAAGAGUUCGCGCCUAAUGAUGAGAUGAUGGGCCCUUUGAAGAUAUCGCGCGCGCUAACUACAUUUUGCGCAGCUCAGGCCUAG